UGAAAUAAACGUAAUGAAUGUAACACGACGAAAACGUGACGCAUGAUGUAAUUUCGUAAGUUCUAGCUCGUCAAUUAUUUUCACCGGUGUCGACCUCUGCGAUACGUUUUCCUUUGCAGCACAGAUGUUACAGCAUGUGAAUUAUCGAAAGGUGGACGGUUUAUUUUGAUAGAUUCGAUAAGUUCAUGUUGUUAAUUGAAGAUAAUAUACGAUAAUAUUUUAACCUGGCAACGAGUCGUUGGUAGUCGAGGCAUUGAUUUCCUUCGUCCGGCCUUUCCUCAUUCCGGUGUAACAGGAAAUAUGAUAAUUACCCCGUAUAGUUGAUUAGCUGCUGGUGUUGAUAAUAACAUGCUGUUAAUAUAUGAUAAGCCUGUGUCGUGUACGUCUGCACUCAAGUUGGAAUUAAUAGCAGCGGAACGUAAUACAGGAUUUCUUGGCAAUUUACGGUCGUUGUUCGAUAGUGAAGCAGCCCUCGAGGUGACAGAUGUGUCAUAGAAUAACCUGAAAAAUUAUUUUCACCAUACCAACUUUUGUCGUUAACAGAAAGGUAGCUGAAGAUGACCAAGAUCCUCUAUUUAGGAUUAUAUUUGUUGCUUCUUGGAGAUUGUAUUUGUGAUUAUCCAGAUUGGGACACAAAAUGGCAAAUGCUGUGCCCUGGUUUAUACCCGAGAGCUUUCACAAGUUACACGCCACGUGGAAACCUUUCUAGCGGGAUAUAUACUACUCAGCAUCAUUUAAGCACCAUGAAACACUGCGUCGCAGCAUGUUGUACCAAAACUGAGUGCAAUGUGGCGCUCAUGCAUAAUGGCACCUGCUAUCACGUGCAAUGCGAAAAUUCCAAGAAAUGUAUACCUUUGUAUAGAAAAGAUUUGGCGAAUGAAACUCCUCCAAGUAUGGUGCUAGUUAAACCUGUAGAAGAGGAUGAAAUGUGGAGCGACUUAUUGGAUCAGAUAAAUGUUGAUACUGGAGGGUUUCUUAUGGAUGGUACAGAAGGAGAUCACAUUCUAUUUGGUGGAUCAAAUGGGAUAAGUUGCAUCACUCAAACAAAUUGUUUAGAGCACGAAGUCUGUGUUAAAUCUGUGUUAUCUGAAGAUAAGUCUGACAUUGGGGUUUGCCAAUGUUCUACUGGAUAUAAACGAAAUAUGGCAGGAAUUUGCACUUUGGUGGAAGAAAUAGAACUUGGUGUAACUCCACAAGGAAAACCACAAAGUAUAAAGGAUUCUAGUACAUCUAUGAAACCGCCAGUAAAAAGGCUGUUAGUUUCUGCAGUUUCAAAAGAAGUACGCUUGCCAGAAAACGAAGUAACAUUGUCUGCGUAUACCGUGCCGGCAGAACAAGAAAAUGAACAUUACAAUUAUGCUUGGAGUCUUUUAAGUCAACCAGAUGGUCAUACUGGCAUAAUGACUGAUCAAAACCGUAUGACUGUUAAAUUGAGUAACUUAUCUGAGGGUUUAUAUGCUUUUAAAGUAACAGUAAAUGGCCCAAAUGCCUAUGGUGAAGCAUAUGCAAACGUUAGCGUUUUGCCACCUAAAAGAAUAAAUCAGCCUCCAAUUGCUAUAAUAUCACCUGCGUCACAAGUUGUGAAACUUCCAAAUACGGGGGCUGUAUUAGACGGUUCAUCGAGUAAAGAUGACGAUCGUGUUAUUUCGUAUCAUUGGGAAUUGCAACGAGGUCCUAUUGGAUAUCAUCCUAAUCUAGUUGACACACCUACUUUGCAAUUAGAUAACCUCAUCCCUGGCAACUAUACCUUUAAAUUGACGGUCGAAGAUUCUAAUCAUAUCACUAAUUCUACUAGUGCUAAUAUAACAGUUUUAAAAGUAACUGACUAUCCACCCAGUGCUAAUGCCGACCAAGACAUUAUUAUAUAUUUACCUCAAAAUACAUUGACACUCAAUGGUAACCUAAGUACAGAUGAUCAUGGAAUAGCAAGUUGGGAAUGGACGAAGAGUCCGUCAGAUCAAAAUAAGGCAGUAGAUAUGCAAAAUACAAGAACACCGUAUUUACAACUGUCUAAUUUAGAGGAAGGAAUGUAUACAUUUGUACUAAAGGUAACAGACGAUUCAGAACAAUCUUCUACAGCUGAGGUUCAUGUAUUUGUGAAACCACCGACAAAUAAACCACCAAAAGCUGACGCUGGUGAUGAUAUAACUAUAGCAUUGCCCGAAACAAAAACUGUGCUCGAUGGUCGAAAAAGUAAAGAUGAUAUUAAGAUUGUAUCUUAUCACUGGGAGCAGUUGAGCGGACCUAGUAAUGUUGAAUUCUCAGCAGUAAAUGAAUCGGUUACGAAUAUUACAAAAUUGACGAAGGGUGAUUACGAAUUUAAGCUAACCGUAAUUGAUGACAAUGGAAAUAAAGAUUCCGAUAUUGUCACAGUAAAAGUUACACAAAAUAAAAAUGCAGCCCCGAAGGCUAACGCAGGUGGAGAUCAAGUUGUUGUAACGCCUAUUAGUGCACUAAUUAUUAAUGGAUCUCAGUCAACUGACGACUUAAGAAUUAGUGAAUGGACAUGGUCGAGGGAUCCGUCUAGUCUUGCUAUAGGUACUAUAGUUCAGAAUUCUGACAAAUCGCCAAUUCUAAUGUUGACAGAUAUCGUGCCAGGAAGAUACGUUUUUAGAUUGAAAGUAACGGAUGAGCAAGGUCUUAGUAGCGAAGACACGGUAUCCGUGAUAGUAAAACCUGACCCGCAAUUAUUGAAUUUAGUUGAAUUAACAUUGAAUAUCGGAGCAAAUAUGUUAACUGUAUCACAAAAAAAUUCAUUGGUAGUGAAAUUACAAAUGUUAUUGCGAGAUGAAGCAUCAAUUGUUGUUCGGAAUUUAAGAGCGGAGCCACAUACUGGCAGAGCUGUUUUAAUUUUCUAUGUAGACAAGAAAGGAGGAAAGGUUACUAUGCACGGACCAGAAGUAGUGAAACGUUUGAAAGAAAAAUUAAGACAAGAUUCAGGUCUUCUUCAGUUGUCCGUUGCAAAUAUCGAUACUGCCGUGUGUCAAAAUAAUUGUUCACGUCAUGGAGUAUGUGAUCAAGAAACAAGAUUAUGUAUGUGUGAGGCAUUUUGGAUGCAAAAUUUGAUACAAAAAUAUUUUGGCAACGGCGAGUCUAAUUGUGAAUGGAGUAUUCUCUAUGUGAUAAUAGCAUUAUUAUCUCUAGUCGUAUGUUGGGUUGGCCUCAUUUGGGGUCUUGUCUGUCUUUGCCAAAGAAUAUGUACAGGUAAACGACGUUCACUUCGCACCAAGAAAAAGCCACCACGUUACUCCCUUCUGCAACCGGAACCGGAGGACGACAGCAGCACAUUUUCCACACACAAAAUGGUACUAUCGGAAUCGGAUACCGAUUCUGACGACGUCUUAUUCGAGCAUCGUAAAACGAAAAAUAGCAGUCAAGUAAGAAACGGUAAAUCACGAAAUGGCUUUAUUAAAGUGGGCUCUAGAGUAAAAACAUGAGGUAACAGCCGCUUGUUAGCGUUUAAACAAAUUGUGCUUUAAGUUACAAUUUAACCGUGCAUUUCAGGAACGUAUAGAACAUAAGAUCUCGUUAAACGACGCACAUUUGUGAACGUUUGGCUAAGAAAAGAAAGAGAAGCGUAAAAUACUAGUCAGUUACAAGGCUGUAAUUUUAAGUAUGUACCUAAUAAAGAUAUGAUUUCUCAGACGGAAGUCGCUACUUGUAAAAGAAAAAAAAUUUAACGGAACUAGAUUAGAGACAAGAAGUCACGAGUUCACUUCAUUGCAUCUUAUUUGAUUUAUUGGUAUUGUGUACUUGUAUGAAAGUUUUAUUAUAUAAUUGUAGAUGUAUCGCCGUAUAUGCGCGUGCGAUAUCAUAGCACAAUAAUCAAACUUGAUUUGAUUACGGCCUUAGAAAA